UUAUUACAAUAUUAUAUAGCUUAACACUCUCUGCAAGUCUGCAAAAUACAUAUUUUAAGAAUAAAAUGUAUAUUAUCAUAACCGUCGCGCAUUAAAGAUUUUUUUGAUAUAAGUUCAACAUUUUUAAGUUAGAUAUGGAAUUCACAGUGAUCAAUGCUGACGUCAUACAGUCUGGGCGAGAUGACGGAUAUCAUAAUGAUUCAGAUGCUACACGGACAUUCGAACACGUCGGAUGUCUGGAUCUCAGUUGUUCAAAUAUACUGCAUAUAGCCAAUUUGUGUUUGAUAUCGUCAUCCAAUCUUACGUCAUUAAAAUUACCCGUCAACCGUAUUGAAAAAAUUUGCAAUCUCGAUUCCUUUACUAACCUUGUCGAGUUGGACCUUUCUCAUAAUAAUAUAAAGCAAAUUGAAAAUUUACAGGGAUUAAUUAAAUUGCGGCGUUUGAUUUUAAACCACAAUCCAUUGACGAAAAUACAAAAUUUGGAUAGACAACGCGAUUGUUUAGAAAUGCUAGACAUAGGGUUUUGCCAAAUAGACGAUUAUAAAUUUACUUUAUAUUUAAAAAGAUUUACAAACCUCAUAUCGCUUGUAGUAGAAGGUAAUCCGUGCCAAACAGAACCGAUGGACUCGGAACGGACAUUCAUACUGUCAAUUGUACAAACGUUACUGGUGUACAAUAAUAAAACUAUUACAGUUGAAGAAAGAAAAGAAGCUCUCGACAUCCACAGUCAACUGAUUACUAUGCUCGACAAAAACGACAGGAAAUGGAAACGAAUGUCUGUGGACAAACAAUUGCGACUGGAACGGAUGGCGGACAGAAAGGACGCGUUUUUAGAUGGAAUCCCGGAAGACGAAGACGUCGAUUUCAACGUAAGCGUAUUUCGAAACACGACUGUAGAACAUGUUCUGAUGGAAAACGGUCGUUACGGGAUCCAUAACGUGUACAGAACGUACGCAGACGACUUCAGGAGAUUGAUAACCGAAAUAACGGAAGCUGCGGAAACUUGUCGUGGGAUCCGUUCUCAAAUGGUUAAUAAAUUUCAAGGGGAGCUGCGGCAAUUGAUCGACAAUGGCGUGGACGAAAGCAGAAAAUGUGUUUCGGAGUUAGCGGAGUAUAAGAAACGCGUGAGAUGCGAUUUUCCGGUAGGCAGCGACGACGGUGGAAAUCCAGUAACGAACGAUAAUAUCGCGUGCGGACGGUUCGAAGAGAGGACGCGUGCGACGUGGCUUACGCUGAUGAGACACGAAGACAAAUUGUCUAGGAAAAUAACGAAAAUGAUUGGUCAAUUGCGGGACGUACUCGAAAAACAGAUUAUCGAAUUCAAACAGCUGGUCAACAAUCGAUUUUGUAUGCUGCAAAGACAACAAAAUAUAUUUUUACAGUUUAUUUUAGAGUAUGCGGUGUCUUCAGUACAAAGCGAUGACGUAAACAAUAGAAUUAGUAAAGUGUCACAGUUCACAAACGAUGUUUCUCAAUGUAUGGAAUCGCAAGCUUCACAGGUAGAACGCGCUGAACUAUACAUAACAGAAAGUGCUUCCAGAUGGUUAGACGACAUAUUUGACAAAUUGAACAGCGAAGAAAUCCAAAGAAAUCGUCAAAAGAUAUCAGAAAUCGCUACAUUUAUCCGUUAUCAAAACGAAAUAUCGAAAUUAACAGAGUCUUAGCAGUUAUAAAAGUCUUACGAUUUAAGUAGUUUAUUACUACCUAUGUUCUAUUGUAAAAGUCCAAGGAUAUAGUGCAUUGUCGAAAUGCUGACAAUCACAAGUGAAUUUUUAUAUUCACUAAGCUUAGUUAAUGUACCUAUUAUAUAUUUAAUGUAUGAAAUAUUUCUUAUUUUUUAAUAUUUUAAACAUUAACUGGUGAAUGGUAAACCCUUUUUUGUUGUUCAAAUUUUGAUGGAACACACUAUUUUGAAAAUCACAAAAAUGCUUUAGUUUUGGAGGCAGUAAGUUGUUGCUUUUUAAUUUCAUUUUUUACAAACGGAAAAAUUUGUUUCUAGUACCGGUGUAUAUAAUUGAUGAAAAGUACUAGUUUUUGAAUUUAAUUUAUAUAGAGGUUGAUUUUGUUAUCCAAAAUUUACAUAAGAUAGUAAUAAGUAAAACAUUAGAUUACAAAGUAGAAAUUAACUGUUUAUUACUAAAAAUAAAUCCAUUACCUAUGUUAGUAAGUGCAUAUAGCUUAGGUAUUUCAAAUAAGUACUAUUGAUUAUUAUUUAUAAUACUUCAAGUUGUUCCAGUGGCGUAUAUAGGGGGGUUGGUGGUUAUUGUUCGCAAAUUGUGCACAAACGAGUUAUAUCCUAGCUAGGUAUGCUCUCACUUGGCAAACCAUAAUAACCCAUUAAUCAGUAACUCAAAUACCUUAACACUUCUUAAUAAUCCUCGUCGUCGACUGAAAAGAGAUCAUUUGCAUUAAACUCACUCAAACUCGUCUUCUUCUCUCUCCUAAUAUUUAAUUACAUCUAUUUCUACAUCCAUAAUCAUCCCUCAAGUAAAGAGUCACUAGUGGGUGACUUCUUAAUCACGCAUACCAUGUUUUUUUCUUCUCUGUUCACAUAUACUUAUUAAGCUAACUAGUAUAGAUUGUAUAAUAUGUAUCAUGAAAAAAAAAAUGAUGUGAUAUUUAGGAACUAUAGUGGCUAGAUACGCAUUAUAAUUUAUUGAUUUUAAAACAUUUAAUGAUAACAGUCCAGCGGCGGAUACCGGAAAGUUUUCGGUGGGCCGAUAGUGGUAUUAUAAUUCAUGCCGAUGUACUUGGUAAUUGGUGGGCCUGUCUCGAGCCGGCUAUUUUAGUCAAUCCACCGCUGGAUAUCACUAUACAAUAUUUAUUAUGUUAUUAAUUUUAUUAACUAAUUUUUAUUAUUUCCAUAAUAAUUUAUCGUUUUUAAUAUCGAUUCGGGUAAAAGGUGUUUGGGAAAAAUACCGAUGAUCGAUUUCUACAAUCCUACAGUAAAAAAAAAAUGUUUUCAUACACCACUUUACAAAUACUUUUACAUAUAAAAUUAUUAUUGUAGUAUCUAAAUGAUUAAAUUUUAAGUUAGCU